GUGCCCAGCGCGUGGGCGGGCGAGACGUGGGGCGCCGUGUCGACGUGCCCGUUCCACUGCGUGUGCCGCAACCUGUCCGAGUCGCUGAGCACGCUGUGCGCCGACAAGGGUCUGCUCUUCGUGCCGCCCAACAUCGACCGGCGCACGGUGGAGCUGCGCCUCGCCGACAACUUCAUCCGCGAGGUCGGCGGCGUCGACUUCGCCAACAUGACGGGCCUGGUGGACCUUACGCUGUCGCGCAACACCAUCAACCUCAUCCGCCCGCUGGCCUUCUCCGACCUGGAGAGCCUGCGCUCGCUCCACCUGGACACCAACCGGCUGAUCGCACUGGGGCCGCGCGACCUCUCGGGCCUCCUCAACCUACAGCACCUCAUCAUCAACAACAACCAGCUGAUCAGCGUCUCCCCCGAGGCCUUCGACGACUUCCUGCUCUCGCUGGAGGACCUGGACCUGUCUUACAACAACCUGCGCAAGGCACCCUGGGAAGCCAUCCAGAGCAUGGCCUCCCUCCACACGCUCAACUUGGACCACAAUCUCAUCGACCAGAUCGCUGAGGGAUCCUUUAGCGAGCUCUACAAGUUGGCCCGCUUGGACAUGACGUCCAACCGUCUUCGGACGCUACCGCCGGACUCGCUGUUUGCGCGCUCGCAGAUCGGCACCAUCAGCCCGACGCCGUACAACUCCAUCGUGAGCGUGCACAUCGGCGGCAACCCGCUGCACUGCAACUGCGAGCUGCUGUGGCUGCGCCGGCUGUCGCGCACCGACGACAUGGAGACGUGCUCGUCGCCGCCGCAGCUGGCCGGCCGCUACUUCUGGUCGGUGCCCGAGGAGGAGUUUGCGUGCGAGCCGCCGCUCAUCACGCGCCGCACGCACAAGCUGUGGGUGCUGGAGGGCCAGCGCGCCACGCUCAAGUGCCGCGCCAUCGGCGACCCGCCGCCCGAGGUGCACUGGGUGUCGCCCGACGACCGCAUCGUGGCCAACAGCACCCGCGUGGCGUCCUUCCGCAACGGCACCCUGGAGAUCCUGGUCACAGUGGCGCGCGACGACGGCGCGUACCGCUGCAUCGCCAUCAACGCCGCCGGCGAGGCCACCGCCAUCGUCGACCUCAAGGUCAUCCCGCUGCCGCACCGCGCCAACGGCACGGUGAUGCUGGCCCGGGACCCCGGCUCGUCGGACAUCACCACGGGGAAGACCAACGGGGGGAGUAGCAGCAGCAGCAGUAACAGCAAUGCAGAGGAGCGGGUUGUGGGGGUGCUGGGGGUGACCUCCACCUCGGCGCAGGUGCGCUGGGACAUGGGGCGGCUGCCGGGCUCGUACCUGGUGUGGAUGUACCAGAUCCAGUACAACUGCACGGCCGACGAGACGCUCGUCUACAGAAUCCUGCCGUCCACGAGUAACAGCUUUGUGCUGAAGAACCUGGUGUCUGGAGCCGACUACAGCCUGUGUGUGUUGGCCAUCUUUGAUGACACGGUCACCUCCCUGGCCGCCACCAAGGUGCUGGGCUGUGCUCAGUUCAGCACUAAGGACAACUACCCAGAGUGCAACUCUCUGCGGGCCCACUUCCUGGGCGGCACGCUGACCAUCCUGGUGGGCGGCAUCGUCGUGGUGACGCUGCUGGUGUUCACCGUGGCGCUGAUGGUGCGCCACCGCGUCUGCAGUAACCACGACGACGGUUGCCACGGCAUAGCCGGGGGUGACGAGGCCAGCUGCUCGGUGGGCUCUGCGUCACCGGCCCCGGCAAAGGGGUGCGGCGACUUCGGCCAGACUAACGGCAACGGGGGGGUGAUGAUGGUGGUGCUCCCCAAUGGGGUCUUCCAGAAGCAGAAAAUGGGGGAAGGUGGAGCCGCUGAUGGAGGAAGAGGGGGCGAUGGGAGGAAGUCUCCAACAAAGGUCACCCCUAAAUCCAAGCCCAAGACCCUGCCAAAGCCCAGGGUCAACCUGGACCAGUACCGGGCGACGGCCUCCAUGGACGAGUCAGGUCUACUGGAGCACAAGCUGCUGCCCCCCUACACGCCGGAGAGCGAGAGACCGCCUCUUUUCUACUCGCACUCCCAAAACCCCUCCCCCUCCACACUGCCCCGCCAAUCACGGCGGCCCUCAGGGGCGAGGCUGGGCGGGGCAACGGGCCAGGUCAAAGUGAGCUCCCGGCCCCAGACCCCUCAAGGAGCCCUGGAGGUGGAUCUGGCCAAACGCGGCAGCCUGACGUUAGCCACGCCCUCGCGCUACCGCGGCCGUGACGUGGACUUCAGUGAAUGGCGCUCCAGCUUGGGCGCAGAGGGCGUGGUCGUGAUGCAGCGCGGCAGCAGCAGCCAAUGGAACUCCUCGCAGGCCUACCAGAGCCCCGCCCUCCUGAGCGCUCUCCUGACCCCGCCCCUUCCUCCCCGCGGGCCCACCUCCUCUUUCCGCUCGCCCCACGGAAGCCCCGCCCACAUGGCCCUGCGCGCCAAGCGCAGCUCGUCCUUCGACAUGGGCGAGAUCGCCAUGGCGACCGCCGUCUCCACCACCAACAACGCCUCCUCCUGCUACACCUACGCCAAGCGGCUGGGCACCAUCUGGACGCGGCGGAGCCAGUCGGUGCACGGCAUGCUGGUCCAGUGCGCCUCGGCCACCAGCACGUCCACCGGCAGCAGCGGCAGCACCGGCGCCAGCAGCGGCGGUGACCUGCAGAUACGGACGCCCAGAGCCCGCGUCCUCGCCCACGGCCCCGCCAGCCCUGCCACCACCCGCGCCGCCGCUCCGCUCGUCAGCCACGCGGAAAACAGGAAGAAGGAGGUGAAGGAGACAAAAGAGGAGGAACUGGAAGAGAGCGUGGUGUAA